AUUUGUCGGACAGUCGACUUUUAAAAGCAUUAAAAUUGUACCAUUUUUUAUAUCGAAAUAUUUUCGACAUCCCUAUUUUCAAAUUGUUCUGUCUUACCAAUAUAUAAUCGCACAUUCUACAAAACUAUUUUUUACCGACUAAAACUUGAAUUAUCAAUACGGCAGUGGUGAAAAGUUCAGAUGGAUUUAUCAAAUAUAUGCCGUGCCUGUUUGUCGCCGGAAGAUCGGGUGCAUCUGCUAGAUUGGUAUCAGCCUGUUGACUCUUUGGAUAUAUCAUACAAAGAGUGUUUUUUGUAAAUGUACACAAAUUAAUUUAAGUUUGAAAGAUGAUCCAAAUGAACUCGAUGAUGCCCGGAUGCAAUAUCUAUGCUUUGAUUGUGCCCAAAAACUUAAAGACGUUUAUGAUUUUAUUGAAAAGGCGAGAAGGGCUGAUAAUGAAUUACGUUGCACACAAACGGAAAAAGUGAAGAUAGAAAGUAUAGCCAACACUUUUGAAUGGGUUCCAGUACAUGAAGAGCUAAUGGAAGUAACUAAGAUGCCAGAUACUGUAGAUAUGGAUCACGUAGAGGAUAUAAAAGUAUCACCAGAAUGGAAUGAACAUUUUAUGGAUGAUGAUGAAACAUCUGCAUCAAAUGAUAUCGAACACGAAAUAAAUAUUGAUAAAAAACUUAGUACUGACACUACAAAAACAACAAAGUUUCUAGUUGAAUCGGAUAAGGAUAUGCAGAGCAGCAAUAACUUAAAUGAAGCUGGGCUGGUCUUAUCGAAAAAAAGUAAACAACUCAAUCUUGCUCAUACAAGACCUAAAAACGUAAAGAAAACAAACAAAGUAAAAUCCGAGGUGAAAACAAAAAAGAAAGUCAAGGACAUGUCUGAGCCGGUGAAGUGUGAAGAAUGUGGGAAAAUCAUGAAGAGAAGCUCAUUAAAAAAACAUAAGCAACGUCAUAAACCAAAAACUUUUCUUUGUCAGGCCUGCCCCAAAACAUUUAAGGAGUCAUGUGCCCUAAAAAAUCAUGAGCUCUGUCACAAUGAGAAUCGGGAAAGAUUUCCGUGCGACAUCUGUAACCAAAGCUUUUUAACUACGUAUACAUACAAAAAACAUAGGCUAACGCACGAAACCAACCGCAAACCAAUAUAUCAAUGUGCUCAGUGUGAAAAAUCAUUUCUUCAUAAAAAUGGUCUAACAAUCCACGAGCUCCAUCACAAGGGAGCUACGAUAGAAUGCCAAGUUUGUCAAAAACGUUAUGUGCGGCAAAUAGACCUUGAUGUUCAUUUACGCACUCAUUCUGGAGAAUCGCCAUUUGUGUGUCACCUGUGUGGAAAAUCUUUCAUCCACAAACGUAUUUUAAAUAGGCACAUGCAGUACCAUGGAUAUUUUAGUUACAAGUGCGUGAUUUGUGGUGCUAAAUUCUCCAAAUAUGAUCAAUACUAUAAUCAUCGCAUGCAACACACUGGAUUACCUUAUAAAUGUGGCGUUUGUGAAAAGCAGUUUCCAGAUGCUUACAAGUUAGUAAUAAAGAUUAAGCGUCAUAUAAGAGGUGUGCACAAAAUUGAAGAAGACAAGGAGGUGCAGAAACUCGUUGUAAGAAUAAACAUAACAAAAGAAUAUAGAGGACGAAUAGUCGAAGUUUUGGAGAAACCAGAAGUUGAAAAUAAAUAAAAUUUUAACUCAUAUAAUAAUGGUAAAAGCUGUUUAUAUCAAUUUUGUAAUUAUUUAAGAAUACAUAUAUCCUUAACGAUGCCGACGUAUAAUAUCUAUGUACAGAUGUACGUACAUGUUUGAAGAUGCUUUCAAUAAAAAAUAAUGAGUAAGACGGAAAAGCCUCACUAAAAGAAAGCGGUAAAACCAAUAAGGGCCAGUUUUUCAGUGCACCGCGGUAGUUUAAACGCUUGAGCUGACUGGUUUAAACUAAUUUUAAACUGGUACUGAAAAACCGGACCGUAGUUCGCAAUCGAAAGGAUGUAUUAAUGAGCCAACCGACAAAUAGAUGGAACACAAAAUCUUAAUGCAUCAUCGAGCAAUUCUAGCGCAGCUUUUUGUGUAUGUAUAUAAAGUGUUAAGCCGAAUUUCCACUAGGCAUUAAUUAAUAUGAGAAAAAAUGGUGACAUUUAAAAAAUUUCAUGUGAAAAUGAACGGGCGAUGAGAUUAAGGCCGCCUUCUUAUUUGUUUGGAGGCCUUAUUGCAUUUUUUGAUCGCGGCCUAACUUCACUUGCCAAAUGAAUUAUUUCCGCGCGGCCUAAUUUCACUUGUCAAAAUGAAUUAUGCCCACGCGGCCUAAUUUCAUUUUAAAGAAAGGUGUUAUCUGCAAAAGGUGUUCCGCGCCCCUCGUCGCCGGUAACACAGAAAGGAGAAUUCUACUUA